AUGAAGAAAUCAUCUCAAGUUGCAAUUAGGAUUCUAGUGGACAGAAUUUUUUUUGAGUUUUGUACCAGUGCCACUUAUCAUCAGUGUCUUGAAUUCAUUCUAAUUGCAACUCAAAAUGGGUUUUCCAUCCACCAAUUUCCUGAUUGCAACUCACAAUGGUGGAAAGGUCUACACAGAGAGAGUAGCAUAGCACCUAACAUGGUCAGGGCCAACAGGUAUAAUUUUUCAAAAACAUUGGUGGAAGUUGCCAAAAGAAGCAUGAGCCAGAGAAGAGAAAGAAGAAUGAAAGAAGAAUAUCAAACAUUAAUCAUCGGAACUGGUUUAACUGAAUCAAUACUAUCAAGCUCAUUAGAUUCCACAUCCAUUCUACAAAUCGAUCCAAACCCAUUAUACGGUUCAAUCAAUUGGUCAACACUAUCAAUACCACAAAUCAUCCAAUGGUCAACCCAAUCCGAACCAUCAAACCAAUUCAUCAAUCUCACAUCUCAUUAUUCAGAACAAAUCAAAGAAACUAUCGAUUCAAAACAAAUUAAAUAUCAUUUGAAUUUGAUACCUACUCUUUUGUUUACUAAAUCAAAGUUAAUAGAUCAUUUCAUUCAAACUGGUUCAUCAAAUUCGAUAUCAUUUCAACUUUUAAAUCAGUUUUAUUUUCUAGAUUCUAAGAGGAAGGAAUUGGUUUCUUUACCUUCUUCUAAACAUGAUUUAUUUAAUUCUGAUUUAUCUUUGAUUAAUAAAAGAAAAUUAGUUAAACUUUUUCAAAUCGUUUUAAAUGAUUCAAAUCAAACUCAAGAUCAAGAUGAAAAUACACCACAACCAGAACCAAAUGUACCACAAGACGAAUCAUUACACAGUUUUCUAGCAUCUAAACCAUACGAAUUCCCGACCAGUCUAAUCUCACAACUCUCAGCUUUAUCAUUAUCACCCUUAAAGUCCACCGAAUCAUCAAAACAACACUCGAUCCAAAGGAUCCAAACCUUACUAAAUUCGAUUGGAAGGUACGGAAACUCUAAUGGAUCAGCUUCGAGUUUUUUAAUUUCCCAGUAUGGAGGAACAGGUGAAUGGAUCGAAAGCAUGAUCAGAUCAUCUGCUAUUCAAAAAGGAGCGACUCAAAUCAUUGGUAGAAGGAUUAAUUCGUUACGUAAGACUCGCAAGGGUUGGAGUAUUCAAGUUGAAGAUUUAGAGAGAAAUGAGGUUUUGGAGUUUGGGGCUGAAAGAUUGGUGAUUGGAGUAGAUCAUUUAGAUCUUUUGAAAGAUUAUCAAAUCGGUAAACCUAAACUUGCUUAUAUGAUUCAUAGAUCUGUUGUGUUGGUUGAAUCGAUGGGGUUGAAUUGGGAUCUCGAUGCAAUGGAAAUUAAACAUACUUUGAUUGUCAUUGAUUCUGAAACUCAUGGAAAUCCUAUUCAAGUUUUAAUCAUUGGAUCUUCUUCUGAAUGUUGUCCAGAUAAUCAAGUGAUUAUUUAUUUAUCUACUGUUUCUAAUGAGAUUUCAAAAAAUGAAAAUCCAGAGGAAAUGUUGGGUCCGGUUUUGGAUUUAAUACUUAGACCUACAGUAGAACCAUUAAUGAAACUUUUUUAUACUCAACAAGUCUUUCAUCAUAUCAAAACUGGUGAUUUUCAAGAUAUAGAUCAUCAAAAUGAAGAUCAUCAAGAUAAAGAUGAGCAAGACAAAGAACAUCAAGACAAAGAAUAUCAAAAUAAAGAUGAUCAAGACAAAGAUGAUGAAGAGAAAAAGAUGGUGGUAUUGAAUAAUUGGCCAGAAGAGAUUGAAGAUUCUGGAUUAGGUAGAUUAUCAGAAUGGGUUUAUGAAUACGUAGAAAAAGUCAUGAAAGAUGAAUUUUCAAAAGAUGUUCACACAGAUAAUGUAGAAGAAUGA